AUGGAGUUUGCAGAGAACAUUGUACCUAUUUGGACAAAUUACUUGGGGGAAAAAUCUCUGCUGCAGCCUUUUUGGGACAGCUUGAGGCUCAAUUACAGGGACUAUUUGAGAUCUCCGCUCUUCCCUGUUGCGGUGACGGUCUCUUCCUAUUUUAUCUUCUGCAUCCCUUAUCUUGUUUGUGACAUGAUGGGGGACAGGUGGCUGUGGGUCCAGCUAUUCAAGAUACAACCAAGCCAUCGACCGACAGCUUCUACGCUGCUGCACUGUGCAGGUGUCACCUUGUACAACCAUGUGUUCCUUGUGCUCCCAGCAUCUGUAGCUCAGUGGCUUUGGAGACCACCUGUGGACCUGCCAGACCAGGCUCCGACCCUGCUAGAGCUGAUUGUUGGUGUAAUAGGCAAUCUCCUGCUCUUUGACUUCCAGUACUUUAUUUGGCACCUGCUGCAUCACAGAAUCCGCUGGCUGUAUGUCACCUUCCACGCCAUCCACCACAAGUACUCUUCUCCCUUUGCUCUUGCCACGCAGUGUCUGGGUGGCUGGGAGCUGGUCACAGUGGGGUUUUGGACAACUGUAAAUCCUCUGAUCCUGAGAUCUCAUUUACUCACGACAUGGGCUUUUAUGAUAAUGCAUGUGUAUGUUUCAGUGGAGGAUCACUGCGGUUAUGAUUUUCCCUGGUCCACAUCACGUCUAAUACCACUUGGCAUUUAUGGAGGACCGAGCAAGCAUGACGUGCACCACCAGAAACCCUACACCAACUUUGCACCUCACUUCAGUCACUGGGACAAAAUAUUUGGCACACAUGCUGACUUUAGUUUCUGUAAAACUAAAAUUUAA